AUUGGAAAGUAUUUCCGUGGCUGCUCGGUGCCCUCCCAUCCGCCUCACACACCAUCCUGUCAAACAGAGGUUACGCCAGCUGGGAGUACGCGAGCUGAAAAUGUGAUAUUGAACAAAUCGUACAGCCAGUGAGGUGUUCGGUUGUGAGUGUGAGGAUCCUCUUCAUCGGACGGCGGGUGAGGAAGAGCCGUGUGCGAGGGAGCUGCUGCUGAUUCUCAAGGUUUCCUGUGGAGGUUGUGAGACGGGACAGAGAAACAUCGACUGAGGUCCGUGGCUUAUCGCUCCACCUCCAUCCUAGAGAUGCUGCCUUGCCUGCAGAGAGCGCUGCGGCCCGCUCUCUCUCUGAGAGCCGGGGCUGGGUUAACCACAGCCGGACUCAGCAGUCACCAAAGUCCCGUUGGAUCGUCGCCAGCCCGGGUCUCCUCAGAGCCGUCCCCCUUCAUGCUGCUGCAGCGAUGUCACCUGGGCACACACCCGCUGAAAGAGCCCGUAGAGCCUCUCAACUCCCCCCGGGGAGCCAAGGAGUUUAUUUAUAGCCUGCAUCCGACUGAACGUACCUGUCUGCUGCGAGAGCUGCACAGGUUCGAGUCCAUAGCUAUUGCUCAAGGGCAGCUGGAAAUUGCACCACCCACUAGAGCACAGCUAAGAUACGUUCUGCUGCAUAACGCGCUCCCUUUCGUUGGAUUCGGAUUCCUGGACAACUGCAUCAUGAUCGUUGCUGGCACACAGAUUGAGUUAUCCAUCGGAGUGAUUCUCGGCAUUUCAACUAUGGCAGCUGCUGCCCUGGGCAACCUGGUGUCUGAUCUGGCAGGACUGGGGCUGGCAGGUUACGUGGAGGCUUUGGCGUCUCGGCUGGGGAUGCAGAUUCCCGACUUAAGCCCAAAGCAAGCCGACAUGUGGCAGACCAGAGUCAGCGCUCACUCGGGUAAAGCCAUCGGUGUUGGCAUCGGCUGCAUCCUGGGCAUGUUUCCCCUCCUGUUCUUCAAGGAUGAUGACGAGAAGAAGAAGAAAGAGGGCAAGAAGGAUGGGAAGGAGCAAACACAACCACCACCUGCUCCCACAGAGAGCAGCAAAAACUGAAACUGACCACCUCACCGGAGGCGAGCGCUAUUUUAAACCUAUUAGAAUAUUUAAAACUGAGACGGAGUGACAGGAGUGUAUGGAGAUGUCACUGAACUCUCAAAAGGUCUUCACCCCAGGAUUUUAGUUAUAGUUUGAUUGUAGACUUUGAACUGAAGCACAGGGAGCUGAACGUCUGAAGAAACAAGAGGUGUAUGACUCACUGGACUGCUGCUGCUCCGACUAUUGCACCGUGAACCUCACGUUGUUGUUUUGACUGAACCGACACAGGCUGAGACUUAUUAUCUUAAAAACUCUGCAGUAGCCUCUAUAUGCUCCCUAUCUCUAAAAAAAAAUGUAAUACAUGUUUUAGGGCUCCCUAAAAGAUCACUACAACUUUGCAAACAUUGCCAGAAAAAAAGACUUCAGAACAAAGUAUCUCACAUGGCAAUUUUGUAAAGCUUAUCUAACAUUUAGAGGAAGACUGAAGUAAGAGGGCAUGAUUCAUCAGUGUUGAAUAUCAUCCUUAAAAAGCUUUAAUUUCGUAUCAGUUUUAAGAGUAGAAGGUCAAGGAAAGGGUGUGCUCAUCCACAUCAUCACUCUUCAGUUUAACAAGCAUGUCAGCCUUUUGAUGGCAACCGUCUUAAAGUCUUGCCAGCCUGCCUCUGUUACAGUCCAAAUGUUACACCUGCAAGCUGCUUCUCUUGAUUUUAUGUUAUUUUUUUAUUACUAUCUGUAUAUGAUAUGCUGGUGUGGUUUGUAAUGAUCCCCCCAAAGCAGUAAAAUGUAUCACAGAGUAUACUGUCUGUAGCUAGCUAGCCUUUUGAAGAGAGGGAGAGAGGGAGAGGGAGAGAGAGAGGGAGAGAGAGGGAGAGAGAGGGGGGGGGGGGGGGGGGGGGGGGUUUGUUUGGCACAGAGAUAGAAAUGCCAGUGCUGAACCGCUGAGAUUUCCCGCCCUAUUUCCACAGACUCUCCAGCCUCCAGUUCCAUACUAAUAAUCUCCAUUCCUGCAGCCGAACACAAACACGUCUUCCUCUUGAGCAGACAGCACCUGUAUGUCAGUCCAGUGGGGACCCUGUGAGUACUCACAACUAUAGCGCACAACAUAGAUUACAUUUACCUGGACACCAAGUGAGAUAUUGUCACUCUGAUUCUGCUCGUGGAAAAGUUCAUGCUCAUGUAGCCUUCAUUUAUCUUCACCUAUAAGCACCGUAUGUGAUAUCCGUCUGCUCUGCUGCCUCCACUGGAUGACAUUCACAGAAACAUGUUUGUUUCAGUACAGUCUCACAAUCGGCAACAUCUGGCUGCCUGUGACCUUAAUGACUCACUCUUUGAUUAUUAUUCUUAAUCUUUGUUCUUCUUUUAAGAUGCAAACAAGUUAAACUGCAGCAUCUGAUCUUACCAUCCGUAUAAGCCGUCUUUGAUUUUGUUAAUUUAUCUCUUGAAGAGUUUUUGUUUGUCACCCGUUUGACUCAGUAUCUCAUCUCAUUAUCUGAACAGAAGGAUGUAUUUGUCCCCAAGUUUAGAAGUUGAAUGAAAGGAAGCAGAUUAGGUAUUUCUUUGCAGAAAAUGUAUUUAUUUUGUUGUUUAAUCCAGACGUGUAUUCAUGUAUCCAAAAUAGAGCAGAAGAUCUUUGUGAGAAUAUUUCAACAGAGCUCUUAAACAAGAGUGACUCUCUGUUACAGACCAAAACUAAACUUCCUCAACACGCUCUUAAAACUUGAAAUUAUAUGAAGACUUUACCGAGAAGGUUGUUACAAUGUGGAUAACUAAAGUGUGAUAAAAAUGAAGAAUAUUUACUAACAGAUGAACAUAUUAAUGUAGAUAGGAUUUUUGAUCUGACUGCUUGAUUUCCAUCCUGCAUGCACUGCUGAUAAAAACUGUUAUUGUACAUGUUUACUUUGUAAGGAUAAUAAAAAACUUGAGUAUGUUCAUUGCAGGAUAAUAAAAAUCACUGCAGAUAAAACAGAAGAGUUAGAUGUAAAAAAUAUAUAUUUUGUGGUUGUCAAAAAGAAAAACACAAAAUAUCACAUUUCCCUUUUUAUGCAGCUGAUGACUCUCAGUAUAUAGCUCCAAAUGAUAUUCUUGUUUGCUCGUUCCUUGCAGAGGCUCCACAGAUGUGUGCCCUCUGCUGGGGCGUGAACAGGUAAAUGCAGUAUGGAGAAUUGGACAGAGUGUGAGGUGGAUGUUGAAGGUGCAGAAUGAAAUGGGAUGGGAAGUGUGGUCAUGUUUAUGAGAUGUCGCACUUUGCCUCCUCGCGUUGGCUUGUCAGAUUGACCGUCUCUCAGCUGAAGGGCUGUUUCAGUGCAGAGUCAGUCAUGAUAAGAAGGAACCUCAAUGUCAAAAUACUCUGAUUUCAGGGUGAUAUAAGUUGUUCUGCAUUAAUAAACCCAGUGGUGUUACUGGGAGGAAAUAAAAGAGAUUUGCGUUUCACAAAAGUUUA